AUGUCGGGUUCUCGAUUCAAAUCAUGGAUGGGAUAUUCGGACAAGGCGGUGGAAAGUCCGCAAUGCAAGAGUUGCGAGGAAUUGGAGAAGAGACUGAACAACGCGAGGGUGGCCCUCGUUCUAGCCGACAAUUACGCGGAGAGACUCACCCGAGCGCGGGAGGUCUUUGUGCAGAAGCUGGGCGACCAGAUCAAGGGCCCUCUUCACGGUGUGGUGGGAAUCUGCGGUGCUAUGAGAGAGGAGAAUGCACUUCCUCCGGACGCUCGGAUCCAGAUUGGCGUCAUAACCGAGAUGUGCGGCCAGAUCCUCACGACCAUCAACGAACUCUUGCAGCUCGACACGGCGGAGUCCGGGCGCAUGUGCAUGGAAAACGUGUCUUUCGAUCCGAGGAGGAUGACGGACCUCGUCUUCAAGCUGCUCUCGAAGAAGAUGAUCCAGAAACGCGUCGGUCGGUCCAUCGACAUUCACAAGGACGUGCCAAAGAGCCUGGCCGGUGACGUUUCGCGCCUCCGGCAGUGUCUCGUCGAGAUCCAAGAUACCCUCUUGGAAGAGUCGAGGCCCGGAGACGUGUUGGAGUUGAACAUGCGGGUGCUCGAUCCAGAGGAACAGCUCAUAGCCACCAUGCCUCGGUCCAAGAGGUUCAUUCCUUGUCUGUACGAGCUCAAACUGAGGCGAGUACCCCAGCGCGAACUGGCGAAUAUGGAGCAAGUGGACAUCGAGAGGGAGAAGGAGCCCCAGAUCGUACUGAGCGCCGAGUUGGCGCAGGGGUUGAACGGGCGCCUCCUCCGCACGCAGAACUACGCUGCGUUCCACCUGGUGGUCCACUUCCGCCACCCCAUAGGCGGAGCCAAUCCCAGCGUCCGAUACAGCGCGUCCAGGGACCCGGUGACUGCGGACAAGAAAUACACGAUCCUACUGUACGACGAGAACCCGGUCUUCCUGAAGUUGGUGUGCAAGAGCUUGGCUUCCAAGGGUCACGUGGUCGACAUUAUGCGAGACAUCGAGGAGGUCAUAGGAUUGGUGGAAGCUGGGACCGUGCACGAGACGUACGAUUGCGUCCUGGUGGACGCGCGACGGCGAUCGGUGGCCGGGUCCGUCGCGAGUGGGGCCCCCUAG